CAAAAACUGAGUGCUGAUAAAACAAAUUAGGAGUAAUGUGUGCCUAGAGGUAAGAGAGGAAAUAAAUUUUGCCAGUCAUUACAAAGAGAGGGUGAAAGAGAGAUGAAGGAGAAGCCUUAGUUUUCACACAGUACAUUCUUACCCUAGACCCAGACUUUUGUGUGUUGGCACGUUUAAAAGGACUAAUAGCAUUACUGCUCUUAUGCCAAUCAGAUCACCCAGGUGGGAAUUCCCCUACUUAUAUUGUCAAGGUUGAGAGGCGAAGAGGAAACAAAACAGCAGCGUGAGAGGAAGCUGGGCAAAGAAUGAUCAGCAAGAGAGAGACGAAACACAGCAUAGGCUAACUGGCAUGCAAGCACUGAAGCUGCAGGUGGCAUCUCUGGGAAUCUUUUUGGCGCAGACGUGAGUUUUCAGCUCCUCAGAAGGAUAGAGGAACUGAAGAUAUACUACUGGAAGUAAAGACAAGCUGGAUAUUGCAGGAAGCUCUGUAACCCUGUUCACAGGACAUUUACAGUCGGAGUAGGAAAGGCAGAUAAAAUGAAGAAUGGACUGAAACAAAUGCAUUCAUUUUUGCCCUAUUUUCAGAAUAGAGAUUAGACAUAUGCUUGAAGCAAUAUAAUGACUACGCCCACCUGGCAAGCGUUGGCCAUCUACAUGGUCUUAGCUGCAAACCUCACCGAACAGCAAGCACUGAAGCAGGCUUGUCCUUCAUGCGAUGCCAGUCAGCUUUGCAACUGCUCCUCCAUGGGCUUGGCCUUCAUUCCCCCUGGGCUCACGGCCAAAAUCACAGUGUUAAACCUGGCCCACAACAGGAUAAAGCGCAUCCAGUCCCAGGACCUGCAGCAGGCUGUGAACCUGAGAGCCCUGCUGCUGCAGUCCAAUGAAAUUAGCUCCAUAGAUGAGGACUCCUUUCAGUCCCUGGCAAAACUGGAGCUCUUGGACUUAUCAAAUAACAGCUUGGCUCACUUGUCCCCUGUGUGGUUUGGGCACCUUUUUUCACUCCAGCACCUCUACCUUCAAGGCAAUUCCUACAGAGACCUGGGGCAGAGCUCCCCCUUUUCUAGCCUGAGGAACCUGAGCUCUCUCCACCUGGGCAGCCCGCAGCUCUCCGUGAUAAGGCAAGGGAACUUUGAGGGCAUUGAGUUUCUGCACAGGUUGUGGAUUGAUGGCAGCAAUCUCAGUCAGUAUGAGGAGGGAAGUUUGAAAUCAAUUAAGGAGAUAAAUCACAUGAUCAUAGGCAUAAGAAAUAUUACUGUAUUCUCAGAAAUUGUUAGGGACCUUCUGCACUCUGUCACUUGGCUGGAAGUGAGAAGAAUAGCGUUUGGUAUCACUGCAGAAGUGCAAGCAUUGAGAGUCAUGUCUUCAUCUUUUGUAAAGAAGCUUUCUUUUAGACAGAUCUUACUAACAGAUGCUACCGUGCCUGAGAUUGCCAGCAUUUUAGAAGACAUGCCAAAAUUAGCGGAGCUGGAGCUGGUAGACUGUAGACUCUUGGGAACCGGACAGUGGAAAAUGCAAAUCCAAGCAAAGCAAUCACAGACACUUAAAGUUAUCACAAUAGAGAAAUUAUCUAUAGAACAAUUUUACUUGUUUACAGAUCUUCAGCCGGUGGAAGGUCUACUAUCUCUUUUUACGAGAAUCACGGUUCGGGAAACCAAGGUUUUUUUGGUACCAUGCAGAAUUUCCCAACAUCUUCUGUCAUUAGAAUAUCUUGACCUUAGUGCAAAUUUGCUUGGAGACCAGAGUUUAGAACAUUCAGCCUGUCAGGGUGGUUGGCCAUCCCUACAAACUCUAAAUUUAAGUCAAAAUUCACUGAGUAACUUAGAAAUCACAAGUAAAAGUUUGUCUCAUCUAGGAAACCUAAGUGUUUUAGACAUUAGCCAAAAUAAUUUUGGUGAGAUUCCAGAUGUGUGUAAAUGGCCAGAAAAUCUGAAAUAUUUAAAUCUGUCCAGCACUCAAAUUCCUAAAGUAACAAGCUGCAUUCCUGAAACGCUGGAAGUUUUGGAUGUUAGUGGAAACAACCUGAAGGAGUUUGGACUGCAGCUCCCGCUUCUGAAAGAGCUGUACCUCACAAGAAAUCAGCUGAAGGCCCUGCCGGGUGCUGCACCCAUUCCAAAUUUAGUGGCCUUGUCCGUCAGAAGAAACAAGCUGAACAGUUUCUCCAAGGAGGAGUUUGAGUCGUUCAGGAGAAUGGAGCUGCUGGAUGCCAGUGACAACAACUUCAUCUGCUCCUGUGAGUUCCUCUCCUUCGUCCAGCACGAAGCUGGGAUAGGCCAGGUGCUGGUGGGGUGGCCGGACAAGUACGUGUGUGACUCUCCGCUGGCGGUGAGAGGGGCGCAGGUUGGCGCCGUGCACCUGUCCCUGAUGGAGUGCCACAGGUCCCUGGUGGUGUCGUUGAUCUGCGUGCUGGUGUUCCUGGUCAUCCUGCUGCUGGUGGCCGUCGGCUACAAGUACCACGUGGUCUGGUACCUGCGGAUGACGUGGGCGUGGCUGCAAGCCAAGCGGAAGCCCAAGCGCGCCCCGCCAAAGGACGUCUGCUACGACGCUUUUGUCUCCUACAGCGAGAAUGACUCCGACUGGGUGGAGAACACCAUGGUGCGGGAGCUGGAGCAGGCCUGCCCUCCCUUCCGGCUCUGCCUGCACAAGCGGGACUUUGUGCCUGGGAAGUGGAUUGUGGACAACAUCAUCGACUCCAUUGAGAAGAGCCACAAAACGCUCUUUGUGCUGUCCGAGCACUUUGUGCAGAGCGAGUGGUGCAAAUACGAGCUGGACUUCUCGCAUUUCCGCCUCUUUGAUGAGAACAACGACGCGGCGAUUCUUGUCCUCCUGGAGCCCAUCCAGAGCAAAGCGAUUCCCAAGAGAUUCUGCAAGCUGCGGAAGAUCAUGAACACAAAGACUUACCUGGAGUGGCCUCUCGAAGAGGACCAGCAGCAGAUGUUUUGGUUUAAUUUGAAAAUUGCUCUAAGAUCAUAGACAGGGAAAUUAAGGAAUAAAAAUGUAGUGAAUCUACUCUGGAUUUGUUUCAGUUGCCUGAUUGUCUCAUUACUUAUAUUCAUCUCACGUACAGAGAGCUGGGCUAUUGCAAAUUCUAACAG